CUACCGGUGACACCGGGGGCAGCGGCGUUACCAUGGCGCUCACGAAUAAAGGCGCGCGUGCAACCUCACUUUUAAACAGCCCCGAACGAGCGCGCGCGAUGCUCGGCGCUGAGAACGACCACGUCAAUCAUAAUCAUCGCUUGUUAUUCCGGUAACUGUACCGCGCUGAUGGCACUGGGGCCGGUUUCUGCCGGUCACCACCACCUGCCCGUGUAUUCUGGCUAAAUGGACGAACGGUGCGGAGUUUUGUUCUCCUCCUCCGCGAGAACUCAACACGAACAAAACGGGCUUUGUGGGUUUCUUCCCGUGAUAAUCCGAUUAUAUUUCUGGGGGAAUCUGAGCGGCGUUACGGUGCUGCUUGUGAGCUCUUUUUGUUGCACAAGAAUCUGACGUUUUCCUUCAGAAAUCUCGUCUCCAGUGAAAAGUACCUGGUGCGGAAACACUCCGUUGUCCGGUGCUGCUAUGAGUUCCUGGCUGCAUAAAUACUGUAACCUCGUUCUCCGUUGCGCGGUGGUCUUUCUCUCUGUGCUCCACUUUGCAUCCUCUCGUUCCGCUGAUAAGAAGUGCAGCUCCCCUCUCCUCUUGACGUGUCAAGAAUGCCUGAGCCGUGGACCAGAUUGCGCCUGGUGCUUUCAGAAGAGCUUUCUGGAUGGAGCGCACAAUAGCAAGAGGUGUGAUACUGCUGCUCAGCUUAUGCGUAACGGCUGUGAGGAGGAGUUUAUUGAGAAUCCUGGAGUUAAAGUGGAGGUAAACAUGACACUGAGCAGCUCACAAGUGACUCCUCGAGACAUUUCUAUCCAGCUACGACCAGGCAGUGAGGCGAGUUUCAUAGUUGAAGUGAAGCAGUUGGAGUUGUAUCCUGUAGACCUGUACUAUCUGGUGGACGUCUCUGCCUCCAUGCAGGAGAACCUGGACCAGCUAAAGACCGUCGGCAUGAACCUGUCCCACCGCAUGAAGGAACAUUCCAGUGAUUUCCAAGUGGGGUUUGGAUCAUUCGUGGACAAGCCAGUCUCUCCGUAUAUCGAUGUACAUCCUUCAAAAAUCAAUAACCCUUGCAGUGAUUAUGAGAUUAAUUGCCGGCCAGCCCACGGCUUUAUCCACGUCCUACCUAUCACCGACAACAUGACAGAGUUCAAGCAUGUGAUUCAGCAGCAGAGGAUCUCCGGAAACAUGGACACACCAGAGGGAGGUUUUGACGCCAUGCUGCAAGCAGCUGUGUGUCAGAAAGACAUUGGCUGGCGACCUGAAGCUAAACACCUGCUGCUGGUUAUGACGGAUCAGCCAUCUCAUCUGGCACUGGAUAGCAAACUGGCGGGCAUCGUGGUGCCCCAUGACGGUCGCUGCCACCUAGAAGAUGGCACUUAUUCUCAAUCUGCUUACAUGGAGCAUCCGACCGUCGGGCAGCUGGCAGAGAAGCUUCUAGAAAACAGCAUUUACUCCGUUUUUGCUGUGAAUCAGAUGCAAUAUAAGUGGUAUGAGGAUUUGGUGGCUUUUCUUCCAGGUACUUACCUGGGGAGGUUAAUUCCCAAAGCCUCUAAUCUUACAAACCUAGUAGUGGAUGCAUACAAGAAGCUCCUAUCAGAUGUCGGAGUGGAGGUGGAAGUGGAAGACAGCCAAGCACACAGAUUCUCGGUCAGUGUAACAGCAGUUUGCCCAAGAGGAUCCAUUGCAGCAGGAAGUACCAAAUGCACCAACGUUCAACCUGGGCAAAAAGUCUUCUUCAACAUCACAGUGGGAAUGCGAGCAUGCCCGGAAAAGACUGACGCACAGAAAGAACAUGAGCCUGAGGUUAUGUUGGUGGUGAAACCUGUGGGAUUUAAUGAAUCCACGACUGUGCGAGUGCAACAGGCCUGUGGAUGUAGCUGUGGUGGGGCAGGACCUUGCCAUGACAAUCCGGAAACUUCCCUAUGUGGGCCCGGAGUUGAUCAAGGGGCUGAGAUGAGUUUGACGGACAGUUGCCGAGAUGUGAAGACAGGCCUGAUGUGCAGCGGCAGGGGAACCUGUGUGUGUGGAGCAUGUCUGUGUGACCUGACAAACCUUGGCACCAUCUACGGAAAGACCUGUGAGAAGGACGACUUCUCCUGUCCCAACGACAGGGGUCUAAUGUGUGGAGGACAUGGUGAAUGUGUCUCAGGGGAAUGCUCAUGUCAACCUGGCUGGACAGGUGAGAGUUGUGCCUGCCCACUAUCUGCAGAAAGCUGCACAUCAGCCAAUGGCUUGACGUGCAGCGGACAAGGAAAGUGUGUGUGCGGCAAGUGUGUGUGCGAUCAUCACCGGCGCUCUGGAGCGUUCUGUGAGAAGUGUGCCACCUGCUCUAACUCCUGUCAAUCACACUGGAGUUGUGUGGACUGCCACAUGGCUGAAGGCCUGGCAACAGACGAUACACAACAAUGCAACCGAAGCUGCUCUGCACUGGUGACCUAUGUCGAUGACAUUACUGAGCUGAUCAGAGGGAAGUACUGUCUGUACCACAGCGGGGAGCAGUGCGUUGUCAGGUUCCAUGUGGACAUGGCCUCACACGGACCACAGCUAUGGAUUAGCAGGCAUGCUGAGUGUGUGUCCAGCUACCGGUACUUUAAGACCUUUCUCAGCGUGUUCCUCCUCACAGUAGUCCUGGGUCUGGGAAUCCUGGCUGUAGUGCGUUUGCUGCUCCGUGGCAAGAAAUGGUCUCUAAGGGGACAUGUGAUUGACGACAGCAGCAAGAACCCGUCAUACGCACCCACCCACAAUGAGAAGACGAUAACCUACAGACGGGACUGUCUCCCUGAGCACCCCAUGGAGCACAUUCACAUUCACAAAAUGCCCCUCCAUGACAUCUUUCCAUGACGGUCAGAGGAUAAGAAAGAAAGGAGGCAAGCAAGAGCAAUAAGCAAAUGAAUGGCCGUUUGUUUUCCAAAAGCACACUCCAUGUUUUGUGUGUGUGUGUGUGUGUGUGUGUGUGUGUGUGUGUGUGUGUGUGUGUGUGUGUGUGUGUGUGUGUGUGUGUGUGUGUGUGUGUGUGUGUGUGUGCAGUUUUGAUUUCACUCUAAACCUUAUACAGCCUCAGCUAUAAAUUGACAUUUGCCUGUUUUGUGGCUGUGCGGCAGGCGAAGGUACUAAUGAAGUUUUAUUUAUAAGUUUGGUUUAUCACAAUGUAACACUACAAUUUCUUUCCACACCACUACAUAGCCAUAACAGACCUCAAGUUGAAGCCAGUUCAUUUAGGCUGGUGUUAGACUGCCACCUAGUGUAUGAUAAAGAAAUAACCAAGAAAUGCUCUGAAUUAGUUGCAUUUGUAGAAGGUACUCCAUAUUGGUAUAGAUCACCAGAUCCCAACUGUGGUCCUGGAGAACCAUUUGUCAGUUAUGUUCUAGUAUUUUCCAUGAUCUGAAACACCCAUUGUGUUGAAAUAUUAGUUGAAGUGUGUGUCACUAAAACAUGCUGGACAGGAGGGUUUCUCCAGAACCACAAACCUGUGUAAUAGGUGUUAAAUAAAUGUUUGUGACUUCUACGGUUCCUCAUUUAACCGGUUAUAUAGUUACUAUAUGUAAACAUAUUUACUAUAGUUGUAUAAAUCAUUUGAAUCAGAUUUAAAUGUGGAUUGAGUCAUACUUACAGUAAUUACUGCACUUUGUCCAUCUCAGAUAAUAUUUGAGAUUUGAGAUGUGCUGUCAAAACUGGAAUUUUACUGUAUGAGUGUUUUAUGUUGGUUACUGUAUUACUUAAGAGAUGUGAAUUUCCAAACAAGUUGCACUUGUGUGCGUUAAACUACUGAAGUCUAGCGAUGCUCCUUUUUCUACGAGCUGAUACAGACCCAAGGUCUGUUGGACGUUCCACUCUUUGCUUUGCCUUAGACUAGUUUCCUCGCUGUUUACAAUCGUACUUGGUUUCAACACUAAGAAGUUUAUUUAUUGAUUUGAUAUCUUAUUUUUGUUAGGAAUAAAUGCCUUUUACUAAGCAGUAGAAUGUUGAGAGAGAUUUUUUUUACUUGAGCACAAUGCAGCCAUUGAUAGUCUGUGUGGCAGCCAGUUCGCUGAACAAUUGGGCAUUAUUACUGCACUUUUGUUUUCUUGUGUGAUUUGAUUUUACGUGCAUUGUUUUGUUUCAAUAAAAAAAAAUCUGAUCACUUGCA